AUGUCCACUACUCUGAAGCUCUCACCAGCGGCCGGUACGUUCCCGUUCGCGGCCAAAGCCAUAACUUUGGCGGCGGGGACCAGAGUUACUCUAGGAUCCACCGAGAUGACUGGCGCUGGCGGGCCGCCCCGCACAGCGACAAGCGCCAACGGAUGGUUUGCGCCGAAGAGGACUGAGGACAUCACCUUGCCCGACGUCUCACCACUACCGCUCAGCCCGUCCCACGCAGAGGUCUGGACUGAUGGCGGGAAGGUGUACAUCCGCGACCUGGACACAGCGUUCGGGACGUUCGUGAACGGAACGCGUAUCUUGAUAGCAACCGCGCUCAACACAGGGGACACGAUCAGCCUUGGGUCCCGCAUCCCACGGAACGACAAGACACCAUCUCAGCCCUGUGAUCGCUAA